AUGGGUCGCGGUGGAAUGAGUUGCGGAAUGAAGACGAUGCGAUUUGUGAUUGUUUUAUUCAAUUUUUUCUUUGUUUUGCUUGGCCUGGCAUUAAUCGCAAUUGGUAUUUAUGUUCUGGUUGAUCCAUCAUUGAAAAAAAUCAAAGCAGUUUUGCCAAUUAAUUCUGAUCCUGCUGUUGAACAAGGUUUAUCAUAUCUUGAAGUCAUUGCUAUCGUCCUACUCGUUCUUGGCUUUAUUCUUUUGAUUAUUGGAUUUCUUGGAUGUUGCGGCGCUAUGAAGCAAGUGAAAAUAUUUUUAAUCAUUUAUGCUGUUAUCGUGGGAAUAAUUAUACUUUUCGAAAUAGCUAUAACUAUCUAUUUUGUUGCGUUUAAAUCUCAAUUUCGAGGAACGAUUACACCGAAAUUAAUAGAUGCAAUUCGAGAUAAAUACGAAGGUCCAUUUGGAUUACAAAGAGACAGUACAUUACCAAAACCACCAGCUAUCUCAAUAGCUCUGGAUUUUAUUAUGUACAACUUAAAAUGUUGUGGUAUUGACAAUAAAACUGAUUUUAAUCAAACAAAAAAUUGGAAUAGGACAAAUCCAUGGAGUGCUUCCAUGGGCGUUACUGCUAGCAACUUUACAUAUCCAAUAACAUGUUGUAAUCCUGGUAAUACGUUUACACAAGAUUGGGCCAAUGUGCCGAUUGAUAAACUACAAUCAGUUGCCUAUUGCUCUGUCAAUGGAACCGAUAUCUAUGACAUUGGAUGCUACGACAAAGUUAUGAAUCUAAUUGAUAGUGCUAAAACAUGGAUUAUUGUCGGUGCUGUUAUUGUACUUGUCAUUGAGCUCAUUGCGUUCAUUGUUGCCUUGGCUUUAUGUUGUCGUACGAAGGAAGAUUCUCGAUAUUCGUCAUAA